AUCGCCCCCCCCCCCCCCCGAGGACCUGUCACCGCCUCUCCGGCCGCCCGGCAGAUUGUUUCCUGGAAGGGACGGGCAGCUGCACCCGCUCCAACCCGGCGAGGAUGGAGAGCGCCUGCGGGAGGUUGAUAGCCACGCCGCUGCAGCCCGUGCUCAGAACAAAUGUUUACUGUAGAAUUACUCAAGACCGAAAGUUAGUGAGAAGAAAACUUUCUUCAUAACAAACUAUCAAGAGGAUAGUGGUACUGGAUGAAUGAUAUCUGUAUAACCACUUUAUGCAUUUGUAAAACUGAUUCUUUGGGAUCUGAAGUAAUCAUCCGAACAAUAAUUGUGGAACAGAAUGACUCAUUGUAAAGAAAGAUCUGUCUGCAGUAAAACAAAUGGUAAAGCUGAUCAUGGAGACAGUUUUGUCGAUUGGACUAUAAAUCUAACUGCAAUUCAGUCUGACAAGUUCUUGAACCUGCUUUUGAGUAUGGUUCCCAUUGUUUAUCACAAAAGCCAGGAAGAAAGACUUAAAAAAGUGAACGGCCUGCGGCAAGAUGGAUUACAGCCGUCAGGACACACUUUCGGUGUUAGAACGGAUCAACACAUGGAUUACCAUCACUUUUCAGAACCUACUUUUCAUCUCGGUAGUAAUGGACACAGUUCUUCAAGCUGUAGCCCAAAGUAUGAUAACUUCGUAAAUUACAGCUAUUCAGAUGGAAUGGACACAACUGAAACGGAUGCUAUGCUUCAGGACAAUAAUGUAUCUGGCAGUGGUGAUGAAGAUGUCCUUUUGGAAGGGAGCAGGAAACAGCAAAAAGAAUCUAGUAGCAUUAUGGCAUUGCAGAUUCUUGUACCAUUUCUGCUAGCGGGAUUUGGAACUGUAUCUGCAGGGAUGGUUUUGGAUAUUGUGCAGCAUUGGGAAGUGUUUAAAAAUAUUACUGAAGUUUUCAUCUUGGUUCCUGCACUGCUUGGCUUGAAAGGAAAUUUAGAAAUGACUUUGGCAUCUCGACUGUCAACAGCUGUAAAUGUUGGAAAAAUGGAUUCCCCAAUUGAGAAGUGGAAUCUGAUAAUUGGCAAUUUGGCUUUAAAACAGGUCCAAGCAACAGUAGUUGGAUUUUUGGCUGCUGUGGCAGCAGUUAUAUUGGGCUGGAUUCCUGAGGGCAAAUACCGCUUUGAUCAUUCAGUCCUCUUGUGUUCUAGCAGUGUGGCAACAGCCUUCAUAGCAUCCCUUUUACAGGGAAUAAUAAUGGUUGGCGUCAUAGUUGGGUCAAAGAAGACUGGCAUAAACCCUGAUAAUGUUGCCACCCCCAUUGCUGCCAGUUUUGGAGAUCUUAUUACUCUUGCCAUACUUGCUUGGAUAAGUCAGGGACUCUAUGACUGCCUUGAUAAAUAUUACUAUGUAUCUCCUUUAGUUGGUGCCUUUUUCUUGGCUCUGACUCCUAUGUGGAUUGUAAUUGCUGCUAAACAUCCAGCUACAAGAACUGUCCUUCAUUCAGGAUGGGAGCCUGUUAUAACUGCUAUGGUCAUAAGCAGUAUUGGUGGCCUUAUUCUGGACACAACUGUAUCUGAUCCUAAUUUGGUUGGGAUUGUUGUUUAUACUCCAGUAAUCAAUGGUAUUGGUGGUAAUCUUGUGGCAAUUCAAGCAAGUAGAAUUUCUACGUAUUUACAUUUGCACAAUGUUCCUGGAGAGUUACCAGAAGAAGCCAAGGGUUGCUAUUAUCCCUGCAGAACAUAUUAUGGCACUGAAGUAAAUAAUAAAUCAGCCCAAGUGCUUCUACUCUUGGUGAUUCCCGGGCACUUAAUUUUCUUAUAUACCAUUCAUUUAAUGAAGAGUGGUCACACAUCACUGACACCCAUCUUUAUUGUGGUAUAUUUGUUCACAGCCCUCCUACAGGUAUUUACCCUAUUGUGGAUUGCUGACUGGAUGGUUCAUCACUUCUGGAAAAAGGGGAAAGAUCCAGACAGUUUUUCUAUCCCUUACCUUACUGCACUGGGAGAUCUGCUUGGAACUGCCUUACUUGCAACAAGUUUUCAUUUUCUUUGGCUCAUUGGGGACAGAGAUGGUGAUGUUGGAGACUAAGAAUUCAGAGAGAUGCACAUGCUAGCUGACCCCAUUAGAUGAAGAAAACAGACUACCCCUUACCAUUUCAUCUGGAGGAUCUCAAGACAGUCAUUCAGUUUGAUUGCGGUAACUUCAUAUUGGGACUGAUAUUAAAUAGCCUUAACUUUUAAAAAGGAGAAGGAGCCGGGAGGAGGAGCUUCAAAUAUUUUUACAUCUCAAAUGAGCAUGGCUGGUUGGCAUUGUCUGAUCACAGAAAUAGAAAAAUGGAGCAUGUAUCAAAUUAAGAAGAUCAACAUCAAGAAAGGCAAGCGAUAGGUAGAAGUGCCCUGGCCUUCAUCACAACUUGGCUACAUUUCAGUUGACCACCCGGCUGUGUAUUCCAAAUUAUAUAACAGAUUCACAAAAUCAAGUAUUUGUUUUGUAACUAAAUCCUCUGGAAUCAGACAUAUUCGGUAAACAGCAUUUGAGUGUGUGACUGAGAAAAACCUUUCCGCAAGGCAUUUUUAACAGGGUAUUUGGGCAGUCCUAUGGGCAGGUGAAAUAGAAUAGCUUCAGUGGGAAAAGAGACAGAAGGUUCUAAUAAAUACUUUUAUUACCGUCAUGCAAUGUUAGUGGUGUUGUACAAUUGCACAGUUUAAAAUGUUCAAUUUCAUCCUUUGCACUUUACUGUAAAGGAUUAGGAAAUUAGGACUGCUCAUGCAAAGAAAAGGGUUUUUUAAAAAUAUGGAACUGAAGUUGAAGUGAUGAUGUUCCAUGUUUUGGAAAUACUUUAAAGGAAAAUGAAACUUGGAUGCAUUCUAUCAAGUGGUGCUGUCAUACAACCACUAUAAUCUUAGUACUGUGUGGUAGCUGGAGUUCUAAGAGCUUUUUCCAUAUGACAACUUUGUUGUGCAAUAAUUGUGUGUUCGUUACUGUGAGGUUGCAGAGGAUCCAAGCAUCUUUCUUCUAUUGUGAGGAAUUUGCAUGCUUCCUGUGCAAACCCAAAUAUUUUGUUUGCUGGGAAAAUAUGAUUCCCCAGGUCAACCCCAGUCAGUGCAUCAGUUGUAGAGUGCAGUUUUAGCUUUGUAAUAUGUGAUUAUGUCAUGGGUAUCUGUUGCCUAGUGCCAAUGGCACCUCAGUACUCAGCAACACAGGUCUCGCGUCUGCAUAAUUUCAUGAAGUUUUUACAUGUCCUGUUUUAGAAAGAUCCCCAAGACCAAUCAAGAUCCCCAAGAUCAAUCAUGUGUGCUAAGAUUGCAGGCCACAGUGCUUAGUAGCCUUCAUUUCAGUAGAUUUUGCUGUUCACUGUAUGAGGGGACUGUAGAAUCAUGUUGUGUUUAAAGCUGUCAUCUCCUUUCAACUGCCAUUGGAGAGCUGAAGGCAGAACUUGGGGAAGAGAUGCUUGCAGCCCAUUAAUACAGAAGGUUAUCAUAGCUAUUGUUAUUUAAACAUAGGGAUUUUCUGUGAGUUGUGUAUUCCCUUGAGUGUCUCUCAGUCAAAAAGGUAGUUAAUAUAUAAAUACGGCAAAUGAUUUUUCAAAUCAACCUAGGGGUUUCAUUAUAACAGUCAUUGUGCAUUUUCCAUUAAUUUUAGUGUAAUUUGCAUAAGCUUAUUUUGAUUAUGUGCAUCCUAUUUACAUAAAUGGUCUGGUUGAUUUAUUUCAAAUGUGAAUACUUGAGAUUAAGCAUCUACAUCCAUGCAUGAGGGUUUUUUGCGUGCAGACUUUCAUUAAGGUAGCCAAACUAACCAAAAUAAAUACAGGUAUAGCUUGCUGAGUAGUUUUCAUUUCUAUGGCAGUCUAAAAUGGACAACUGUUUAUCUCCUUCAUUGAAAGCUGAUGUGAAUAACUUUCCCCACAUAUCAAAAAUAAUUAGAAACUUUUUCAUUAAUAUGAUUAACUAUCUUUGUUGUGGGAAUGAUCAAGAUUGCACAUAUACUAAGAGCUCAGACUUGUGAAGGAAAAUUGGACAUUCCACUAGUCCCACCCCCAAUGUUCAUGCUAUCUAGAAAGAUACCUUGUCUGUAGUAAUGUGGAUAACAUUCCUAUUCAUUUUUUAAAAAAGUGAUUGUAUGAUAAACCAUAAUUCUUUUAUUGGCGAUGUAGCUCUAGAAGCCAUUAAGAUUAAUUCUAGUUAAACUACCUUCAUGUGGAACUAUGGUCUGAAAGACAACAAUUUAAUGUUUGAAGAAACAAUGGAAUUUUACAGAUCUUUGAAGCCACAGAGCUCCUUAAAAAUAAAACAAAUAUAUUUUCUUCUGUUUUUAA